GAUCUCCAAAGGCGGCUGCCACAGUUAGUUCCAUGGCUGUCAAUCUGGCGCAGUUUGAGUCUGUUCUUGCUAGGCUUGAAAGCGUGGCAGAGCGAUUGGAGAAGGGCACUUCAGGAGGAGGUGCAGCCGCAGGUUCCGCUUCCGCCGGUGAAGAUGUUCCACCAAUCGUCCUGGCGUUCGACAUGUUCGUGCAGGGCAAGAUUCCACCCGUGGAGGGCUGUGCCAAAGAUUUGAACUCGAAGGACGUGACCGAAGCCACUGAGAUUUAUGUGGAAGGGCUCAGGCUGCUUCGGGAGUUGUUUGUGGCCACCGGCAGCUGCCAAAAGCCCCAGGAUACAGAUUGGGGCAAAAUCCUAGGCCCUGUCAUGGAGUUGGGGCAGAAGGCGCAGAAAGCAUGUGACUCACGAAGCGACUUCUUCCAGCACAGGAAAGCUUCAGCCGAAUCGCUGAACGUGAUCAUGUUAGUAACGUCGCCGUCUCCCCCUGGACAUGUACAGAGCAUCUUGGAGACCUUUGACUUUCAUGCGAACAAGGUCCUGCAGAAGAAGGUCGACAAGGAGACUGCCUGGGUCAAGGCCUUCAAAGAGUCGUUGAAGGAGUUCAAGGACUGGUGCGCGGAGAACUGCAAGAUGGGUGUCAUCUGGAACGUCAAGGGACAGGCAGCGCUGGACUAUUUCACCGCCCACCCCUUAGGAGCAGCUCCUUCAGGUGCUGCCCCAAAGGCCAGCAAAGGCAAGGGCAAAGGGCCGCCUCCACCCAAGGCGGUUUGCGGCGGCUUCGUUGGAAUGCCGGAAGAGGUGAAGGCCAAAUUAAAGGCACAACGGGAUCCAAAAAACAGCAACCCGGAGGCUGAGACGGCACCGAAAGCGGCUCCUGCGGCUGGAGGCAUGUCAGCUGUCUUCAAUGUGGGGACACCUAGAGAAUCUCCUGCAGCUUCUUGA